AUGGCGAGUCACCAAGAAUCCCUCAACUUGACCAUUGUCCCUUACGGGGUAAACGUCCGUCAAGCUCAUAAGAAGUCCCGUGCGGGCUGCUAUACAUGCAAGACCCGUCAUGUCAAGUGCGGCGAGGAGAGGCCUCGAUGCGGCAACUGCGUCUCCAAGGGAAAAGACUGUCAAUACCCAGCGUCCAUUAAAAGACGGAUCAAGACGCAAGAUAAAGCCAGGGGUAUCAGGCGUGUAUCGCUAGAGCCGACGACCGAAAUAUCCAUGGUUUCCGCAUCAUUCACCCUGCACGACUUGCGGUUAUUCCACCACUUUCUCUGCUUCGCAUACCUGCCUCUGCCUCUAACCAAGAAGUCGGUUUGGACGCAAGACAUACCUCAACUCAGUCUUCACUCAGAGCAUCUGAUGAAUGCUUUAUUGGCUCUGGCUGCCUCGCAUAUGGAAACGUUGACCGGCGUCGAUCAUGAUAAGUACACUGCACUGUUGCACAAGGGCCGUGCAAUCUCUGGACUCAAGGAUGAAUUCGCCAAAUCCCAUCACUCGGCAACCGAGUAUGAUGUGAUGCUGGCAACUUGCUACUCCUUGGCCUUUCAGUCUGCGCUUCUGCCUGGAUCGGCGGUCGACUUUACAACCUUCGUACGAGGCUGUGCUCUCAUUACACGUCGUAUUCAAGCUGAAGGACAACAGUCCGUCUUCGACUUUUCGCGCAAUCUGAAUCGAGCACCAAUCCGACGCACAGUCUUGCUCAGAAUCGGUUCCGCAAGUCGGAUUUCUGGCUCUCGUUUUCGGCUGCUGAUAAAGAAGGGGAUGGCAUCACUUCUUGCCGCUCAUGAGUCUGUUGAACACGCAGGGACUGGCCAUAAUCUCUUUCAAGCCCUGAGCUCGACCUUUGCCGGGUUUCAAGUGUCGUUGGCGAAAGGAUAUAACCGUUUUCUCAGCUACUACGCUGUUUGGUUCAAACUUGCUGAAGCUAAAGAUAUCUUGGCCCCGGAUGCAGUAAGAGAGGCGGCGUUCUUGCUCUGGGCUUUCUUUAUUGGUAUCCAGCUACUGAUCGCUAUGCUCGUGGCUGAUAUGACCAGCGGGGGGAUGAAUAGGGACCGUGCAGCAGGAUUCAACCGUUCACUUGGUGUUUCAAAGAUGAUUAGAAUGACUGAGUGGCUUUGCGCAAUCGAAACAACUACACCGACUCACAUGAGGGAACACCUUACCUGGCCAAGGCUGGUCUCGAGCCAGGUACUCUUGGGACUGCAAAUAACGACGGUGUCGAAGGCCUCAGUCGAUCUCAAGGUAAACGCUCUUCGCGAUCUGGAUUCACGCUCUCACAUUGCGUUGGGAGAACUUCUGGAGCUGUCUGCAAGUCUGGCCAACUGGAUUGAAGACCUUCUGGCAUCACAAAGUGGCGAUGAAGGCAGCAGCGGUGAAAUGGAAGGGUGGCGGAGAACACAGACUCAGAUGGUCUUUGGGAUUCUAGAUCAGGGAGGGCAGGACACGCCGAUCGACAGACGUGGCCCUGGGAUGGUAACUACGGCCUCCAUCACUCCUUUCCCCCGCCAAUAUCCCGGGAGACGCUGA